AUGGAUUCUAAACUGCUUAUAAUUGUUGCGGUGGUGUUGCUAUGCGUGGGAGCAGAGGACACGGGUCCAUUCUCCUAUGUGAACAAAGGAGAUCUGGGAGAUUAUACUGUAGAGUAUGGCGCUACCUACAGAACCGCUCCGUUAUCAUCCCCCGGCGGCACUUUUCAACUAGUCUUCUUCAACACCACGCCCAAUGCAUUCACGCUGGCUAUCCGCAUGGGCUACUAUAGCAAUGCUGAAACCAUGCGUUUCGUCUGGACCCCAAACAGACACCACCUUGUCUCCGACAACGCCACUCUCAACUUCACAACCAAAGGAGAUCUGAUGCUCCACGACGCCGAUGGAACCCUCGUCUGGUCUACCAACACUUCCAACAAGGGCGUUGUAGGGAUCGAACUCCGGACAAAUGGAAACAUGGUGCUCCACGACAAAAAGAACAGAACGGUCUGGCAGAGCUUCGAUUCGCCCACAGACAGUCUCUUGGUAGGGCAGUCAUUAGACAUAAGCCGAGUGAGGAAGCUGGUGAGCCGGGCUUCGGAGAAAGACGGCUCGGAGGGGCCUUACAGUAUGGUAAUGGAAGCAGGCGGUUUUGCACUCUAUGCUAGUUUGCCUAACCCUCUGCCCUACUGGACUCUCAGCUUCUACGACAACCAAAUAAAGGACUUGUUCGCCAUCACACAUACCUGCAAACGGCCAGUUUCGAGUGUCACUUUUCUUAGUGACCCGGACGCCGAUAAUGGGUUCCGGCAGAUGAUCGAAAUGAGGCUGGCCAAUGUGAGCGCUCCGCCUCAACAGAGAGCUCCCGAGCUCUGCAAUCUCACCUCCGAUGAAACCUCCACUGCUCUCUACGGAUUCACCACUCCCAGAUUUAAUUCCACAUUGUCGUUCCUCAGGCUGGAUUGGGAUGGGAAUCUGAGAAUGUAUACAUACUCUCCCCAGAUUGAAUACAAUCAAUGGGAUAUCACAUACGAGCGGUUUAAGUGCCAGGAAGGAGUAUAUGGGUGCGGCCCACCCAGAAAGUGCGGAUCGCUUGGGCUCUGUCAGGAUGGUAGCUGUGUGGGGUGCACUCAGCCUGAGGGUGUGAUGGGGUGGAGCACUAAAUGCUCUCCUCCGAAGCUUCCAAAGUGCGGUGCUACUAACAAUGCUUCUGUCGACUUUUACAAAGUGGUGGGGGCGGAGCAUUUCUCUAAUAAAUAUGUGGCAGGAAUUGGGAAGGUUAAAGUGGAGGAUUGUAGGAAGAGGUGUUUGAGUGACUGUAAGUGCGCGGCAUUCUUCUAUUGGCAGGAAUCAUCAACGUGCUUCCUCACACAGAAUUUGAAUACUCUGCAGCAAGUUGGAAAUAGUACGCACCUCGCGUUUAUCAAGUAUGCAAAGAAUGUUUAG